AUUGUAGGAUUAAAGUGGUUCUGCGGCGAGGCCGCGAGAGGUCAAAGACGGAGCGGCGGACUCUCCUGCAAUACCUACUCCACCGCCGCCGCGCCGCCGCCGCGAUGCUUCUCUUCCACAAGCAACUCCUCUCGCUCCGUCUCCCCGCCUCACCCGUGAUCUUCUCUCUCCGUCGCGCCCUCUUAUCCACCUCGGUGGCCAACGCCCCGCCGGCCCCCUUCGCCGUCGACGACUACCUCGUCACCACCUGCGGCCUCACGCCGGAGCAAGCCCUGAAGGCCGCCAAACACGUCUCCCACUGCAAGUCUACCUCCAACGCCGACUCCGUCCUCGCCUACCUCGCCGGCCCCACCCUCCGCUUCUCCAAGGCCGACAUCGCCCACAUCGUCGCCCGCGACCCGCGGAUCCUCAACUGCAGCGUCGACAGCACCCUCAAGGCCCGCGUUGCCACUUUACGCGGCUAUGGCCUCUCCGAGGACCACGUCCGGUCCUUCCUCCGCAUGGCCCCUGGCGUCUUCCGCUCCAUCAGCAUCCAGGAGAAGCUCGGGUUCUGGUUGCCCUUCCUGGGUUCGCCGGAGAAGUUCAUCCGCAUCCUCAAGCGCAACUACUACCUCCUCACGUCGGACCUCGAGCGUGUGGUCAAGCCCAACAUCGCGGUGCUACUGGAGAGUGGGUUAAGUGCCGACGAUAUUGCCAAGAUGUGCGUGCCCAACUCGAGACUGCUCACCAGCAGCCCCAAGACCGUAAUGUCCAUCCUGCAGCGCGCUGAUAAGCUCGGCGUCCCUCGUGGUUCGCUUAUGUUCAGGCAGGCAGUGACCACGACAACAGGCCUUGGGGCCGAGACGAUGGCAGCCAAGCUCAAGCUCUUCGAGGAGAUUCUUGGGUGGUCUGAGGCUGAGGUGACCAACGUGGUGAGGAUCAACCCAACGGUGCUGAGGAUCUCUGGGGAGAAGCUUCGCCGUGCUAAGGAGUUCCUGACCAAGGUGGUCGGUGUUGACACCAGGUACAUCCUUGCCAGGCCCUCAAUCGUGAUGUACAGCCUGAAGUGCCGACUGGUCCCUCGGCAUUAUGUGAUGAAGGUGCUCCAGGAGAAUGGAUUGAUUCAGAAAGAUCAGAGCUUCUACACGAUGAUCACGCCUAGUGAGAAGACAUUUCAGCGCAGGCAUAUAGAUGCUCAUAGGCAUGUUCUUCCAGGCCUUGCUGAAGCCUACGCAGCUGCUUGCCAAGGGAAGCCGCCAGCUGAAGUUGCGGUAUGAAGGAUCCUGCUGUAGGCUCACAUGUUUUGAAUCUUCACUAACCAUCUAAAUGGCAGCAAUGUUUCAUUCUUAUUACCGCAUCCAGAUACUCCAGAUGUGUACUCUGCAACUCGCUCUGCUAGCACCUGAAUUCUGAAGAAACUCCGCAAUGUUUCAUCAUGGUUUAAGUGCAUCAUAUAUCGGUUGCUACAGUUGUGAGAAAGAUUGUUGGCUCGUUGAUUUUAUCACUUGAACAUGAAAAACUCAAUGUUACAGGUUUAUAUAUUCACCUAAUCACCAUUGCAGUUUUGCAGUCACUGCAUGGGUGAGGUUGCGCUGUCCAUCAUACAUAAAUCUCAACCUUUUCCAUGGUCAGCCUUUUCCUUAUGUGAACUAGGAAUUUGUCUCUUAGCAUUUUCUUCAGCGAGAUGAGUUAGAAUUUGAUAAAUGUAAUCAUUGUUUGAGUGCCGCAUCACCUGUUACGGUAAAUGGAGAUGGAACAGAUCAUCCCACUAA